UCACACACACACACACAGAGCCGGGAAUGAAUCAGCGAGAGAGGGCUUGGAGUGCGGACUGAGGGCAGCCGAAGCCCCCGGAGGAGACACAUGGGGCGGUACACAUCUCUCCCCAGCGCCGGUAGAUCAGCUGAGGCUCCCUGAUUCUUGCUGGUGGUUGGGGACAAUCCUGAUGGGAUAGUGACCCCCUGUCCUCUUGGAUUACAGUAAUACAAACUCCUCGGAUCGAGUUGAUUUGUCUCCAGUCGGGAUUGAGUGGAAGACCGAAAAUGGCCACCUCAGCGAUUCGAAGACAAAUGAAGAACAUUGUCCACAAUUAUUCAGAUGCCGAGAUCAAAGUGCGAGAAGCCACAUCUAAUGACCCCUGGGGCCCACCCAGUUCCCUUAUGUCCAACAUUGCGGACCUAACCUUUAACAUGGUGGCAUUUUCCGAGAUCAUGGGCAUGAUUUGGAAGCGUUUGAAUGAUCAUGGGAAGAAUUGGAGACAUGUCUACAAGGCACUGACCCUGCUAGAUUAUCUGAUCAAGACUGGUUCAGAGAAGGUGUCUCAGCAAUGUAAGGAGAACAUCUUCACUGUGCAGACUCUGAAAGAUUUUCAGUAUGUUGACCGGGAUGGGAAAGACCAAGGCAUCAAUGUGAGAGAGAAGGCCAAACAGUUGGUUGCUCUGCUAAAGGAUGAAGAGCGUUUACGCCAGGAUCGAGCUCACGCACUGAAAACUAAAGAGAGGAUGUCCCAGGUGGCUACAGGAAUGGGCAGUAACCAGCAAACUACCUUUGGCCGAGGAUCGAGUCAUCCGAACCUGUCAUCCUACAGUUAUGGAGAGGAUUUCAGAAAGUCCAGAGGUGGAUCUCCUGUGUCUCUCAAUGAAUCUUCUCCCUCUUCUCCGAGGUUCAACCCGGAUCUGGAGCAGGCCAGACCCCACACCAGUGGUGAAGAGGAACUGCAGUUACAGCUGGCGCUGGCAAUGAGCAGGGAGGAAGCUGAGAAGGCAACUCAGCAGCCAAGCACAGAGUCUGAUGAAGAAAUCCAGCUGCAGAUUGCAUUGAGUUUGAGCAAAGAGGAGCAUGAGAAGGAACUAAGAGUGAGGUCAUCCCUUGAUGAGGAUGAUGAGAAAGAAGACGAAAAUCUUCAGCGAGCAUUGGAACAAAGUCGCAAAGAGAGUGAAAUAGCCGAGAGGAAAAAUGAGUCUUCCCUGUUGGAGCUGGCUGAUAUCUUUGGGGCGCCAGUGACUGCAACCGAAUCCAGGACUGAUCCAUGGGAUAGCUCCACCCAAAGUCAUCCAUGGGCAAGCAGAAAUGUGGCCUCACCUCCCUCCGCAGCCUAUCUUGACCUCUGGGAUACCCUGGGUGCAAAAGCAUCCGUCCCGAAUGCAGCAAAUUCUUGGCCAUCUUUAGACACCGAUCCUGCCUCUCCACAGGUGUGGGAUACAGAUCCCUGGGCCCAGACCUCUGGCUCAGCUGCUACUAACCAGGCCAGUGUAGAUCCAUGGGCAACAGUGUCAGCCACCAGUAACUCUAGUGCUCUACCAGGUAUCACGGCACCAGAUGGCUCCACAUUUGACCCAUUUACAAAUUCAGGAGACUCAGUGCUGGAUCAGUUUGCAGAGAGUGCCUGGGUUGAGUCUUCAUUGACGGUGUCUGAUAUGCCUGCAGCAAAGAUGGACCUCCUGGGUAAAACGGUUCUAGAAACAAAGCAGAAUGGUAGCAGUAGUCCAGAUGUCUUCGAUAUGACUGAAGUAGGGAACUCUCUAAAGGAUUCUAAUGGGCCUCAUCGAACUCCAGAACUAUUCCUGGAUCCCAACGCUGCAUCGCUGGUGAAUCUGGACUCGCUGCUGUCUGCACCUUCUCACAACCUUAAGAGCAAGAACCCUUUCCACACGUCAGGUGGUCUCAGUUCAAUCUCAACAUCCAACCCUUUCCAAGUCAGCGACCAGAAUAAACUGACCUUGAAGCAGAUUCAGAGCAAUGCUGGUUUUGCCCAACCCACCAUGGGCAGUGGCAGUGUUAGCAUGGCAUCAAUGCCCUUGAUGGCACCACAAACCAUGGCUCCUAGCUGCAUGCCCACCACCAUGACCUAUCCUUCAACAUUCAGUAGUUUACCCCAGGCAUCAGGCAUGGUGCCAGCCACAAGAAUGGCAGUGGACAUGAGUCAUCAUUUUGGACAGCCACUGGUCCCAGUUUCUAAACCUGCUGGAAUGCCUCAGCAAACCACAAGCCUGAACCCCUUUCUCUGAGGUUAGUGACCUUUAGUUAGGCUAUACAGGCUGUGUUUACAGUAUUAUGAAGAUGAGGGAUGUGGUCAUUAAGAACACUAUCCCAUAUUGCUUCACUGGGACAAACUGGAGUGACUUUGCAAAUAUAUAUUGGGGCCGUGUAAUACUUCAGAAAUAAACAUCUAAUUUUA